AUUAAAAAAAAAAAAAAAUCUGUGAUUCUGUGUCUAUGGUUUUCGCUAAUGUGUUGUGUUGUUCUCUAUAGGUUAUGUUGUUGUAUUUUUUAAGUUUUAGAAAAACAAGUCAUGAUUUGUAAACAGUUUUUCUGUAUGUUAGUAUAACUCGUUGAAAGUAGUCCUUCACUUAAUACCCUAAGACGACCCACUGACCCAACCAUCAUGUCCGUGAGCCCCAACUCCAGCCUGGUGCAGCACACGAUAGAGCUGAACUACGCGAACAGCAGGCGCUCCACCGCUAUCAAAUGGAUUAUCGUGAACAUCACGAUCGUGUUGUUCUUUGUGUUUGACUUGUCGCGCAAGUGUCCCGGGCACACGCAGGCGCUGCACUACGCCGAGCUCUGCGCCGUCGCCGCGCUCUCCGCCAACGUGCUGCAGCACGCGCGGCGCCUCGCCCGCCCCGCGCCGCCGCCGCCGCCCCCCGCCCGCCCCGCCCGCGCCGCGCGCGAGCCCGAGCCCGGCGCGCCGCUGUCGCCGCGCCGCGCGUGGCACACCGCGCCGCCCGCCGGCUCGCCCGACGCCGCCGAGCCCGCCGCGCGCGCGCCGCCCGACCGCUUCAUCGCCGACGCGGCGGCGCUGGCGGCCUACCUGCGCGAGCACGAGGAGCGGUCGCGCGCGGAGCCGGCGGCGGGCGGCUGGGCGGGCGGCGGCGCGACGCACUACGCGCUGUCGGCCGCGACGCCGGCGGCGGCGGACGCGGCGCCGGCCGCGCGCGCUCCGCACGUGUGGCGGCGCCUGCACCUGGACCCGCAGCGCCUGGAGCAGUGGAACCUGAACCUGCGCCUGUGGCUGCACGUGACCAUCCUGCAGCGGCUGGUGCGCGAGCUGGACGCGGCGGACGCGGCGCUGGCGGCGGCGGGGCUGGAGGCGCGGGUGGGCGGCGCCAGCGCGGAGCGGCUGCGGGCGGCGGCGGCCGCGCACGCGCAGCUGCAGUCGCUGCCGCAGCUGCUCGCCUACCUGGAGCCCUUCGCCGACCAGCGCUACGUAGUGCAGCGCAUCCGAGAGCUGGCGCAGGGCGGCUGCCUGAGCGCGUACCGCUGGAGCGGCGGCGGCGGCGACUGGGACGACGCCAAGCCGUGCGACGCCGAGCUGCUGCUGCACCUGCUGGCCACGUACCUGGACGCGCAGCUGCCGGGCGGCGCCCGCGCGCGGCCCUUCAGCGCCGCGCACCUGUCGGCCGCGCCCGCGCCGCCGCCGCGCGGACCCUCCGCGCUGGCGCUGCACCGCCUGGCCGCGCGGCCGCCGCACUGGGCGCUGGCGCUGGGCGACGAGCUGGUGGAGCCGGCGCGCGGCCGCAACAACCUACUGCACGCGCUGCUGUUGUUCCUGGCGGCCGCCGCCCGCGCCGACCCGCCCGCGCUGCGCCGGCUGCACCUCGGCCGCGCCGGCCUCAACAUGCUGUGGAUCAUCGGCCGCUAGCCUCACCGGCCACCGACUCACCGAAAUCCUCUAAAUGCUAGUCUUAAAUAAAAUACCAAACUAUUUAA